CAUAAAAUGAAACUUUUAACGUACAAUUUUCUCACCUCGAAGUGUAUCCGCGGUGUUAAAGUUGGAUAUCCACUGAAGCUGAAUAUCGUGGAGAAGAAAGAAGUAAAUGCUGAUUUCAACUCGGAAUUCAUCACCCGGAUGCUGCCAAGGCUGGAAUGGAGUGCGAUCUGCGCCGCGGCAGCUAAUAUUGGUUCCGACAUACCAAGCACGAUGCCCACCGAUAUCCAAAACGAUGUGGAAACGCUACAGAAACUGCACCACAUACUGCUGGAGGUGGACGUAGUGGAGGGUACGCUCGAAUGUCCGGAAACGGGACGCAUUUUCCCCAUCAACAAGGGUGUGCCGAACAUGCUACUAAACGAGGAUGAGGUUUAGUGGGUUUGUGCAGCGCCGAAUCCA